GACCCCUGACAAUCCCUCCGAAAACCCCCUAAAGGCCCUACUGCACGUGCGUAUGAUGCCUGUGGUGUGGGACACAGUUGAGCAGCUAGUCCCCAGACUACAUGCCGAAGUGCUGAGCUAUGACAAGGAAGACAGCCACAAGGGCAGUGUGUGUAUUCACGUGGGUGUGGGCCAGCCGGGCGCCAUUCGAAUUGAGACGUGUGCGUUCAAUGGAGAGCACACUCGAUUGGAUGCGGCACAGAAACUGCCGUGUGCAACUAAAGCCGGCAAAUGCAUUACAGGGGGUGCGGAUGAGCUGCACACGUCCGUGGAUGUCGACGCAAUCGUAGACGAAUUGUCCAGCUCCGAUCUAAAAAUAGAACGCUCGAAUGACGCGGGUAGGUAUCUGUGCAACUUCUCGUUCUAUUUGUCUCAGGCUCUGACCAACAAUGCCAUUCCAGUGCUCUUCAUCCAUGUGCCUCCCAUCGGUCACCCGCACACCAAGGACGAACUAACACGCGGCAUCAAGGCCAUUCUAGAGUGUGUGGUGAAGCAGAGGUUCUGCCAAUAAAGCACCGCAUCUACUUACCUAGUCCUAUACCACUCCCCCACAAGAGAACAUAUUUGGAUUAUAAAACCCUAAAACAAUAUCGU